UUCUAAUUCGAUGUGGUUGAUCGUCAAGAUGCGAUAAAGGGGGCAGAGAGGUCCCCAGUUGAUAUUUCCUUUUUCUUUUUCAUCUUGUUGUUCUUUUACGCCGAACGUUUCUUUCUUCAAUAACAGUUUAAGACUUAUAUAACUUUUGACUUGUUGACAUAAGUGCUCAGGUUACUGUAUAAUCAAAUGACCGGUGAUUUGGAACCGAACAAGAGGCAGAGGGUCAGUAAAGCUUGUGAUCCAUGCCGUAAGAAAAAAGUAAAAUGUGAUGGCGGAAUUCCUAUCUGUAGAAAUUGUGAAACUUUGAACAUCGCUUGUCUAUACAAGGAAACAACAAAAAAGAGAGGUCCACCUAAAGGUUAUAUAGAGGCUGUAGAAGGCAGAUUGCAUAGACUGGAGGCUCUGCUCAACAGCAUUAUACAAGAGGAUGAUCCACACUCCCAAGCAAUUUUAAAUGAGUUAAAUUCACCACUCGAAACGGCUUAUGGAGAAUUGGUUCGCCCUCGUCCAAUCUUUCGAGAAAGAAUUCCAGAUUAUAACACAUGUAGUGGUUUAUUACGGCUGUCACCUGAUCCAUCAACAUCACGUCCAUCUGUUACAGCAAAAGAUAACAACAGUGAUUCGGACUAUUCAAAGAGUUUAGGGAAUUUAUCAAUUGAUGAGAGUGGACAGCUUCGAUAUUAUGGAGGAUCUUCUGGCUUCUAUAUGUUAAAGACAAGUAAAAGCCUACAGAAUCGAGCUUUUCAUUUCAAUUCAAAAGAUUACAUAGCUAAGAACAACAGUAGUAAUGGAAAACGGAGAAUAGACACAGGCCUUGAAGACAGAGGAUAUCGUACUGUGAUGAUAAACCCUUACGAAUUACCACCAAAAGAUCUGUCGGAUCAUCUACUUGAGCUCUACUUUAACAAUUUUUAUCCUCUGUUACCGCUGUUACAUAAACAGUCUUUUCUACAGUCUCUCCAGGAUGAUAGAAAGGCAAACCCACCAGCGCUCUUGCUGAAUGCAAUUUAUGCAGUUGCUUCACGCAUAUCGUCAGAUGUACGAGUUCGGGCUGAUCCUUUAAAAGCUGAUACAGCGGGUGAUAUAUUCUUCGAAAGAGCACGACUGUUGCUAGAUUUGGAAUGGGACAGUUUCAGAGUUUAUACUGUUCAGUCGUUAUUAUUGAUGAGCAGCCACCAAAAUGGCGCACUUAAACCCACGAGAGGUUGGCUAUACAGCGGCAUGGCAAUUCGGAUGUCUCAAAAUCUAGGGCUCCAUAGAAAUUGUGAUCAUUGGAAUUUGACCCCCAGUGAAAAAGAAGAGAGAAAACGAGUGUUUUAUUGUUGUUUCGUGUUAGAUCGAUUGUCCAGCGCAAUGCAUGGUCGCUCCCCCAUGAUAGAUGACAGAGAUUAUGACACGCCUUACCCCAGUGAAAAUGAUGACGAUGACAUAACUCGAACACCUCGCACUAUGGAAAAUUUCCAUCAUUUGAUUCGAAUAUGCGAACGGUUGGGGGACGUUAUCAGGGACUUAUACAUGGUGAGAGGCCGAAAACAAUUAGCAGCUAUGCCUUCUGCAGACAUCAUCGUCUCCAAAUUAGACAAAAGACUGAACAGUUGGCUGUCAAACUUACCAGCAGACCUUCAAUACCAUCCUCCAAACACUAGAUUGAACGAAAAAGCGCCAGCACCUGCUUUAGAAGUAUGUCAACUUCAUAUGCUAUUUUAUACAACUUCAAUAUUGACACAUCGUCCAUUUAUACCCGGUCCUCGCCAAGCAACCGCUCCUUCCAUAUUCCCAUCCGCCUCUAUUUGUACCUUUGCUGCGAACAAAAUUCUUGACAUAACUGAAUCAUUGAUGAAUGAAGGACGUCUAAAAAAUGUUAACAACUAUACACUUUUUUUCAUGUUCACAGCAGGCAUUAUCUUCAUUCAUAACGCAGCAUCUACAGAUUCCAUGUUUGCAUUUGAAGCAAAAAUCAGCAUCAAUAAAAUUAUGCACGCUAUGGACGAAGUUGAAAAAACAUGGACAACGUCUGCACGGCAUUGUAAUAUAUUGGGCGCUCUCGCCGGAUUACGAGACAUUGAUCUGGAUUGCGUUGAUGAAAGUUAUAUCAAAUUGCGAAGAAAUGAUGUUUUUCACCAGCCAGCAUCCAUUGCUGUUCCAAAUUCUCCGGAACCAGAAGAUAAGAUAAUAUUAGAUAACAAUGUUAAAGGACAACAACAGAUCGAAGAGGAAUAUUACAGAGAACGAUUACAUUCUACCGUAAAUGACGGAGGCGUAAGCAGCGUUAUUACAUUUGAUGAUAGGUCGAUCAGUAGUGAUUUCAACAUUCCAUCUGUCUCUAUUUAUAAUGGCCAGUCGCCUAAAACUACCCAGUGCUAUACCCACCAACAACAACCGCAAAAACUCGAGCAGACAAACAGCAAUGACAAUAUUGCCGAGUCUAAUCCAUUCGAUCCAAAUACUUCUGCUUUUUGGAGUGUACCAAUGUCGUUUGAUAUUGAUGAAUGGAACAGUUAUUUUGAUAAGCAAAAGCUCAGUAGCAAUAGCAACAAUGAAGUAAACUAUAUUUUAAAUGGCUCAUCAGCGGUUUCUACCGACACAGUAACACCUACUUCUAGCUCUUUCACUACUACUACUACACCCGUUCCGCUUCCAAUAAGCCAACAAUUUCAAUCACCUUACAUGCAAAUGCCCACUGACUCUAGCAGAAAUACCAAUGAUAUUCAAAUACCUCAUUGAGCUUUCUAUAAAUUCAUUUUCUUCACCUACGGUUACGCUUAUGCCAUUUAUUUAUUUAUCAUUAUUAAACAUGCGACGCAAUUAACCCACA